CUAUACCUCGUGUGUUAAUUUGAAUUUCGCGCUCGUGUGUUGUGUAUAGGCAUUUUGACAUUUUUUGACAGUUGUGUCAGAAAGCGCCGACGCUUUCGGUGUGUCAUUAGUGCAUUGUUUACGUUGUGAAUAGACGCGUGUUUGUGUUUUUUCCGGUUUUUUACGGCGGGUGUAGCAAUUUAAAGGUGAAAAUGAGUGGUGCUUCGGGAUUUACUGUUGUAGGCAUUUUGGGCGUCGAUGGCUUUAUUCGCGAUGUGUCGAUUCCGUUGGCAGAAGGCGAACGGACCGUUCGUCUUGUUGAUUGGGAUGGAACCGUGCUUUUACCGUGUUUGAAGUGUUAUGCUGGUGUUGACGAUUCUGGAUUAGCUGACGAUAAGCGUAUUGCUGGUGGCGAUAUCGCGCCCGUUGAAACUAUGGUUGACACCACACCCGUUGUCGAAGCUAUCGAGUAUGGUCCCGGUGAAGGCACGAGUAGCGGUAGUGUGCGUCGUCGUGCAUCGAUAGUGGUAACGCGUAUUGAUUCCGAUGAUGGUGACGAAGAUGCGGUUAGUUCGGCUGCUUUGUGGUCCGGGGCCAAUAAGCGUCGCCGCAACCAUUUUGGUCACCUGGAUGUUUCUCUGGUCGACGAACCAAGAACUGUUCGACGUGGUAAUCGGAAUAUGAUGCAUUAUAGUAGAAUCCACAAUGUUCCGCUCGAAAUGUCUUCGCCGCUGUAUGGUCUCGACUCCAAUACCAACCCGGUUAGUCAAUGGUUGGAGAGGGAUAUUUUUCGUCAUUUGCGUAUGAACAUGCUGGAUGGCUAUAUGCUGCAAGAUUGGCUCAAGGCUGCUGGGCAAGCCUCCGGUCGUGUGUGCUGUGGCUAA